CUCCUUAUCUAAUCCAUAUAUCGGUAAAAAUAAAAACAGAAAGAAAAGUAAAAUCAGAAAAUUACAGAGAUGCCAUCUUCGAGCCCCCGCAGCGUCGAAGAGAUCUUCAAGGACUUCACCGCUCGUCGCUCUGGCAUCGUUCGCGCCCUCACCAACGAUGUGGAAGAAUUUUAUGCGCUCUGUGAUCCAGAGAAGGACAAUUUGUGCCUGUAUGGACACCCGGAUGAGUCGUGGCAGGUGACACUUCCGGCGGAGGAAGUGCCUCCGGAGCUUCCGGAGCCGGCAUUGGGGAUUAACUUUGCGAGAGAUGGGAUGAAGAGGCAGGAUUGGCUGUCUUUGAUUGCUGUGCAUAGUGAUUCUUGGCUGCUGUCUGUGUCUUUCUACUUUGGUGCUCGUUUGAAUCGCAAUGAGAGGAAGCGUCUAUUUAGCUUGACAAAUGAUCUGCCUACAGUCUUUGAAGUCGUAACUGGAAGGAAGCCCGGUAAAGACAAACCCAGUAUGGAUAGUGGAGGCAAAUCUAGAAACAAUGGAAAGAGAUCAACUGAUGGACAUAUGAGGACCAAUAGUACAUUACUCAAUGAAAAUUACGUAGAGGAUGAAGAUGAGCAUAGUGAAACCCUGUGUGGAACCUGUGGGGGAAAUUACAGUGCUAAUGAGUUUUGGAUUGGGUGUGACAUCUGCGAGAGAUGGUACCAUGGCAAGUGCGUGAAGAUAACACCAUCGAAGGCUGAGUUUAUCCAUCAGUACAAAUGCCCUUCUUGCUCAAAGAAGGGAAGGCAGUGAUGACCAUCAUGAAUUUAUGAUCUAAAUCUAGUUUUUUUGUUUCUUCUAUUGCAUCUUUAGAUCCUCUUUGAAGUUUAAACCCAAGGUUUUACCCCUGCUGUGAUAAUAUUCUAAAUCUGUGGUAGCAUCAUAGGUACUCUCUUAGAAGUUUAAAACUAAGGUUUUACGGUGACUUUACCCCUGCUGUUUGUGUUCCUCUUCUCGUUUUAUAGAAUGGUAUUGUUUCAUUCAAGUUUA